ACAUCUUUGAUGCCGAACGCAGCCGAGCGCCAUCCCAAACAUGGCCUAUUUAAAGAUCUGCGUGCCUGCCGGGUUUACAGAGCAGCUAUAACGCCCCCGUCGCUGCCAGAAUAAACGCUCUAAUAGAAGAAGACAUGAAUUAGAGCUGCAAAAAAUGUUGUUCAGGUUCGGCGUCAUUCUGACUCCGGAGUCCUCGGACGUGGAGGUUUUGGUUCUGGGUUCGCGUGAGGAAAUGGGCCACUGGGACCCGAACGGGGCGGUUCGGAUGAAGGCUUCUCAGAAGCUGCCGUCACCUGAUGAACCGUGUCUGUGGACCGGCGAAGUGGAGCUGGCCGAGCCGUUCACAGACACGCUGUGGUUCAAGUUUGUGAAAAGGGCCAGAGGCACCUUUAUCUGGGAAGGUAGCGGUCCGCAUCAUGACAGGUAUUGCUCAUAUGACGAGAGGAACGUGGUGGAUGGGGUGUACUGCCACCCGAUUGGUCACUGGAUAGAAGAAACAGGACACACCGAUGAGAUGAAACACACCACUAACUUCUACUUUAAGGUUGCGGGUCAGAAGGCCAUACAUUUCUCCAGAGUGCUGACGCGUGUCUGGCUGGGAAGUUGCCCACGGCAGCUGGAGCACGUGACCAUAAAGAUGAAGCACGAACUGGGCAUCACCGCCGUGAUGAACUUCCAGACGGAGUGGGAUGUAGCAAACAACUCUGGUGGAUGCAGGCGUAACCCCGGGGAGGCCAUGACCCCUGAGACCAUGGCUAAUUUGUACAAAGACUGCGGCAUUGUGUACGUGUGGCUACCGACACCGGACAUGAGCACGGAGGGUCGGAUCAGGAUGCUUCCCCAGGCUGUAUUCCUGCUCCACGGCCUCCUGGAAAAUGGCCACACCGUGUAUGUUCACUGUAACGCCGGAGUCGGCAGGUCCACGGCGGCUGUAUGCGGCUUUCUCAUGUAUCUCCUCGGCUGGAGCCUCAGGAAGGUGCAGUACUUUGUCACCGCAAGGAGGCCGGCGGUCUACAUAGACGAGGAAGCUUUAGUCCAAGCUCAGCCAGACUUCUUCCAGAAGUUUGGCCGCCUCCGAUCAUCGAUCUCUUACCCAGAAACAUGACAGCCGAGUGCAUGUCCUAAAUCGGGAAGCUGGAUGUACGAUACACCAUAUCUCAUUCCGGUAAAAUGGGCUAGAAGGUGAAAAUAACAUGUAGCAAAUAUAAAAACUGCUCUACUAAAAUCUAAUGUAUGCAAAUGACCCACUUCACUUGAGUGGCUUUCAAAAUGUGGUUGAUUUCUGAGUCUUUAGAGAGAGUCCCGCAGGCUGCCAGAAGGGAUGUUGCAAGCAAUUAAUCUUACUGUGUUAGCUUUUAACUUUGAACACUUGCCCCACACACAGUCGCAAAGUAUGGAUCUUGUUACUAAUUUUCAGCAUAUGCCAUCAGGGGGUGGUUUAGAAAGACCUUUGCUUUUGGCCCUUUUGCUUGUAAUCAAUAAAUAGAGUUGACAUUUGGAAAAGGCGUUAAAGCGAAAUGAAUAAAAGCAACAUGCAGACAGUCUAAUGCUAAAAAGUUGGCAUGAAGACAUAAGAUUUUUUUUAGUUGCAAAAAUUAAAAUAUAGAAAAAUAUACAUUGUGUUCUAAUGUUUGUGUUCCCUGAAUUUCCUCUAACAUACUGUUCUUCAGUUGAUAAUGACUCUAAUGGUGUAUUGUUUUAGGAAAUGUGUCUUUUGACUUCAGAAGGAAGAAAAAGUUGCUUUCUUUUGUUUUUGCAGAAUAGGAUUGAUAUACCAUAUGGCAAUGGUACUCCUCCUUGCCAGAGACACAGAUAUAUCCUCAAAUCUAAUAAAUCAAAAAGGACUUUACCUCCCUCUCAGCGGUAUUUGCCUCCAAGACA